AUGGCUCUCACUCGCUCUCAGUCCCUCUCUCCCAAGAAGAAAAAAACCGCUUCCAAGGGCCUUUCACAGUCAAAGUCGGGGCUCCAGCAACCGAAAGCCGAUAGGAGACCUCGCCAGUGUCGGAGAUGUCCUGGUCGUCCCCUACUUUCCACCUGCGAACAUCGCUUUCGCAAACGCCCGCCCCUUGUGACUCCCUCCGAUGUCGAUCUACAGACCCACGUAGAUUCAUCGCCGAGUGCCGCAGUUGCGCCCGCUCCCAUGACACCUCGCCCUCUUGUCGGUAAUCGCGACCCCAUUCUCAAUGUGAUAGACCCUAUCCUCAUCGAGGAGGAUAUGCAAACCGGUGCUCUGGUUGCAGGAGUGAAUGGCCCUGCCCCGGUCGCUCCUCCCGAGAUGACAGGCGUUGUCUCUCCGUCUUCGACGCCUCCGGCUACUCCCAAUCGCUGUUUGGAUUCUGAUGCCAGCACCACCGUCGACGCAACCCCUACGUCCAGCCCAACUCCCUCUUCUACGACCCCCAAGGUGAAGCGAACCCAACCAUCUGGCGCCAACGCGAAAUGGGGUACUGUCGAGGGUGCCGGACGUGGGAACGACGUGUGGGAGGUUUAUCGUGUCCGUAAGCUCAAGCCUCCUAUAAAGGGGCAAGCGGAAGCUACUCGCAAGCUCGAACGCUGGACGAUUGACCUCAUGUCACGGGCCGAAGCUAUCUCAACCCGCACAGGAUGUUGGCUGUAUCUCGCCAUACAGCAUCCUGCUUCCAAGACUCCGUUCAGCCAUUUCACCUCUCGCAAGCUUUGCAAUGAUGCCCCCGAAGAUGUCGAGGUCAUUCACAAGGAGGUCCGUCAUACAAUGAAUAAUCUCACCCGCGCUCACAAACGCCGCCUCUUCGAGUCGGAGAAGGAGAUUCAGGCGGCCAAGGACGAGGCGAACGCCGCGACUCAGCGCGCUGAGCGCGCUGAGGACGAACUGUGCCGCCUCAAGCGGCUUCUUGUCGCCCAGGGUGUCACUCUGGACGACGAAUAA